AUGAGAAGAAGCAAUUGGGAUAACCCAAUUUGCGCGUCUGUUGAGGAUGGGCUGUGCUGGGUCUGCGGUGGCAGUGCAAGUAUGAAGAUCGUCCCGCCUCCAGAGAAGGCUGAGAUUUACAAGAAGAUGAGGACGAGGAUUGAGGCCCCGGCAAGCGCCAUCUUGAAACGCACGAAACAUCCAGGAUUGGCAAGGCUCGUACGUGUAGACGGAAUCACACACACAUGGAUGGGCGAACCAUUCCCGUUUCCGCCAGCUGUUUCUCAGACAUCAUUUGAAUAUACCUCAACGCAGAGCAUUUUCAUUCAGGAAGUUGCGGAACUUAUCCAAUUGAACGUAACCUUUCUCUCCCCAGUCACGCCCAAGGACAUCAAGCGUCAUUCGCUACCUUUCUCAUACCUAAAUGUGGAAAUUUCUUCGCUAGAUGGCAGGCCUCAUCAUGUACAGUUGUACUCAGACAUCACUGCGGAGUGGAUAUCUGCUGAUCGGUCUGCAAUCGCAAAUUGGAAUUACGGGGUGGAGCCUAGCAGCGAUGGCCGCUCUGAAGGCAUAGCCUACCACCAGAUCUUUCUUGAGACUCAACGUCCUUUUGCAGAGACUUUAGAUCAAACAGACUAUGGAAAUUGGUACUACGCUACUGACAACAUGGCCAACCUGACUUACCAGUCUGGAGCACACAGAGAUGUCCGAGGGGAGUUCGUUGACAAUGGCAAACUUCGAAAUUCUAAUGAUUCAGAGUUCCGCGCAAUAAGCGACGACUAUCCCACUUUUGGAUUCUCUGUCGACUUUGGUGCAGUGUCAUCUGGUGUAGUGAGCACUGUCUUCACCGUUGGGCUCGCACAGGAACAGGCCAUCCAAUUUGAUGGCGAACAUGGCGUUGUCAAACUUCCUUCGCUGUGGACGAGUUAUUUUGACACGGAUCAAAAAGCUCUAGCAUUCUUCCACAACGACUAUGCCCACUCGGCUGAUACAUCUGGUGACCUUGAUCGUCAGAUUGUAAGCGACGCGAAUACUGUUGGUGGGUUAAAUUACAGCCUCAUCACAAGCCUCGUGUUCCGGCAGGCGUUUGGCACUAUGCAGUUGACUGGCACCCCGGAGAAGACAUAUCUUUUUCAGAAAGAAGUCAGCUCGGCAGACAAUGUCCAAACAGUGGAUGUUAUGUUUCCGUUCUUUCCAAUCGUGCUGUACGCAAAUCCGACAUUACUGAAAUUCUUGCUCGAUCCUCUGAUCGUGAACCAAGAGUCGGGCCGCUAUCCAAACAAAUACGCCAUGCAUGACGUCGGGAAGAGAUAUCCUAAUGCAACAGGACAUCCCGACGGUAAGGACGAGCCAAUGCCCCUCGAAGAAUGCGGCGACAUGAUCAUAAUGACUCUAGCGUACGCCCAGCGGGCGAAGGACAACGAGUAUCUUACUAAGCAUUACAAGCUGCUCAAUCAAUGGACACAAUAUCUAGCGGACGAGGCUCUCAUCCCUGCAAACCAGAUUUCGACGGACGACUUCGCCGGGCCUUUGGCCAACCAAACAAAUCUUGCGCUCAAAGGCAUCAUUGGCAUACAGGCAAUGUCCAAAAUCGCAGAACUAACCGGUAACGUCGCUGAUGCAUCCAACUACAGUGACAUUGCCCAUGACUACAUCCAGAAAUGGCAAGACCUAGGAAUUGCGCAUGAUGCCAACCCACCACACACAACCCUCUCCUACGGCAGCAACGAUACCCACGUCCUCCUUUACAACCUCUAUGCCGACCGCCUUCUCGGCCUGGACCUCGUGCCCGACGCAGUCUACGACAUGCAAAGUACCUUCUAUCCCACCGUCCGAUCAAAGUAUGGCGUACCAUUAGACACGAGACACGGCUAUGUGAAGAGCGAUUGGCAGCUAUGGGCCGCGGCUGUAGCUUCGAAGGAGACGAGGGACAGCAUGAUUGCGGAUGUAGUGGCAUUUAUUAACGAUACGCCGACGACUCGGGCGAUGAGUGAUCUUUAUGAGGGGGAUACGGCGGAUUUUCCGGAUCAGUUGUAUUUCCAGGAUAGGCCUGUGCAGGGGGUUCUUCAGUCUUUUGGCGUUGCCAAAAGAAUAGAAUGGUUGAAAGGUGGAAAAGGUAGUUGGACUAGAUGA